ACUGUUGGUUUUAGAUUUGCAUCUCAUUCUUCUUUCUGUAUAUACCCAUAGUAUUUUUUUUUUCCGUUUUAUAUUGAAUGUACAAGGUAAUUGUGACAUUGUUCGAUAAAGUAACUAUGCACAUCCAUUCAUAAACUAGAAACUCAACUACCAAACAACACAAUGCGAAAAAUGCAUCCAUUAUACCAAUCCAUUUAUCUAUAUAUUUUACAUGCGUAAGUUAUAAAUGACCCCUUAGAGUGAGGAGGUUCCGAUAAUGACAAACGACCCCUUAGAUGAGGGAGGCAUCCUACCACUUUCUAAUAUGCCCCCCACGAUACGAAUACACACACGUUAUAACCUUGAAUUAAAAAAUUUGAGAGAAAUUAUAACCCCUCCAAGAUUACAAUUAUCUUCAACACUAAUCUCGCCUUCCAAAUUCUCAAAUUCAUCAAUUUCAGCAAUGAUUUUACCUUACAUCUUCUCAAAAUAGUGUCUUGUGAAAUCAUACUGUACCAACGAUUCAAAAAUAUCGAUAAAUAAUUUUCUAGCGAUAUAAAACGGUUAAACUAUAGAUGAACCACAAUUUCAGCCCAAAUACCAUGCCUAACGUUUCCUACUUUCCUAUACAACAUCAACAUCUUGUCGCAAUCCUUGCGACUCAAAUUCAUUAGUUCCGUGGAGCCCAAAAUGAAAAUACGGGCCCAAAUCCAAACCCAUAUAACAAGAAAGAAUUAAAAAAAAAAAGUAAAAACGUAUUUUUUUCAUCUGGAAUCCCAUUCGUCCCACGCACUCAACUGAACUCACUCAACUUUCACACACUCACUUUCUCUCUCCUUACGGUUACCCUUCUUCUUCCCAAACAUGUGACCCCUUUCUCUGACACACACACUCUCCCUCUCUCCCACUCUCCCUCUUCCUCCUCCGCCUCCCUGUCGGCGCUCCGCCACUUCUCUCCCUUUCUCGUGACCUCUCUCUCUCCUCUCCCACUAUAAAACCACCACCACCUCCCGCCGUCGAUUUCCCGCCACUCACAUUACAACCUAAUUCCGCCACCUCCUCAAAACUCAAUGAAGACUCUCUCCCCUCUCUUCCUCCUCCUCCUCUUAAUUUCCGCCAAUUCCUUCCUCCCUCCGCCUUCCGCCUCCGCCGCCUACCACGACUACGCCGACGCCCUCGCCAAGUCGAUCCUCUUCUUCGAAGGCCAGCGCUCCGGCUACCUCCCGCCCGACCAGCGCCUCCCCUGGCGCGCCAACUCCGGCCUCUCCGACGGCUGGACCUACAACGCCGACCUCACCGGCGGCUACUACGACGCCGGCGACAACGUCAAGUUCGGCUUCCCCCUCGCAUUCACCACCACGAUGCUCGCCUGGAGCGUCAUCGAGUUCGCCGACGUCAUGCCACCUGCCGAGCUCAGGAACUCGCUCGUCGCGGUGCGGUGGUCCUCCGAUUACCUCCUCAAGUCCGUCUCCCAGCUUCCCAACCGGAUCUUCGUUCAGGUGGGGGAUCCAAAUGCAGACCACAAUUGCUGGGAGAGACCGGAAGAUAUGGACACCCCAAGGACUGUCUACGCCGUGGACGCACCCAACCCGGCAUCCGACGUCGCCGGGGAGACCGCGGCAGCUCUGGCUGCCUCGUCGAUGGCGUUCCGGUCGUCGGACCCCGGUUACGCCGAGACAUUGCUGAGAAACGCGGCCAAAGCUUUCGAAUACGCGGAUACGCAUAGAGGAGCUUAUAGUGACAACGAUGUCAUUAGAGAAGGUGCCUGCCCGUUUUACUGCGACUUUGAUGGCUACCAAGAUGAAUUGUUGUGGGGAGCAGCAUGGUUGAGAAGGGCAUCAUCGGAUGACACAUACCUGAAUUACCUACAAGAAAAUGGCAAAACCCUUGGAGCUGAAGAUAACAUCAACGAGUUUGGCUGGGAUAAUAAGCAUGCCGGCCUUAACGUUCUCGUCUCUAAGGAAGUGCUAGAAAGUAGCAUGGUGACACUCCAAUCCUACAAAGCAUCGGCAGACAGCUUCAUGUGCACACUGAUCCCACAAUCCUCAUCCUCCCACAUCGACUACACCCCCGGCGGCCUAAUCUACCGCCCCGGCGGCAGCAACCUGCAACACGCCACCACCAUCUCCUUCCUCCUCCUAGCUUACGCCAACUACCUCGAGCGAACAUCUCAGUCGGUCAACUGCGGGAACCUCGACGUCUCCCCCUACGCCCUCCGCUCCCAGGCCAAGAAGCAGGUCGACUACAUCCUCGGCGACAACCCGAAGGGCUUGUCGUACAUGGUCGGAUACAGCGACAACUACCCGCAGCGGAUUCACCACCGUGGGUCCUCCUUGCCGUCGGUGAAGGACCACCCGGCGGCGAUCGCUUGUAAAGAAGGUUCGGUUUACUUCAACUCGACCGGUCCCAACCCGAACGUGCUGACCGGUGCGAUCGUGGGCGGACCGAGCGAGGACGACGAGUACCCGGACGACCGGGCCGAUUUCAAGAAGUCCGAGCCCACCACGUAUAUCAAUGCGCCGUUCGUCGGCGUGCUGGCUUAUUUUGCUGCUAAUCCUGAUUUUAGUUGAUAAAUUAGUAGCAGAAAUGGUUGGUUUAAGGGCUAGAUGAAUGCCAAUGAUUUUAUGGGUUGGCAUUUUGAUUUAGGGGAGGGGAAGAAGAGGGUGGUGUGUGUAUUUGUGUGUCUCUCAUCUUUGGGCCAUAAAGGCAAAAGAGGGUAGAGUGGUAAGAGUGUUUUUUUUUUGUUCUUUGUUGUUGGGUUAGGUAUCACAAGAUCUCCUUGUGAUUUUCCUUUUUCUUGUUAGGGGGGAAACAAAAGGAAAAAAGAAAUUGAGGAUAAGGAGAAUUGGGAUAAGGAGUUCCAAUUCAUUUGAGGUGGAGAUUGAAAUUGAAUGCCAUUGAUAUCCCAUUGUUGGCUUCAAAAUGAGAUGGGUAUGUGUCUUUUUUUGUGUUGUUAUAUCCCAAUUGAGUUUUGGUACUCAUAGCCAAUUCAUAUCUCACCGGGUGCAUAGUUAUUGGAUCGCCCAUUAGGCACAUCACAAUUGUUGGAUAGAUAGUGACGCGGUACGAUUUGGUAAUUGAAAUGACUCUGCGCGCCCAUCUAACGGCUACAGAAUGUCCAAUAUGCUAUCUGACGGUUUAUGAGCCCAAUGAGCAUUUUAGCAAAAUUGAUUCUUUUUAGUGUUCUUAGAUCUGCAUAUGGACCAUGGCAAUGACCGAAUCCAGCUCUAUUUUAGCCUCAAGUAGUUAGCAAUAGCAGCACAACAAUGGCUAACCAUUUUCUGAUUUAUUAAUACGAGUUGAAUAGUCAUUUUUCAAUCUUUUAGACAAACAUAAGCAUGAGUUAGAUGAAAGAACUUAUAAUGCCGUCGUAUCAUGUUUUCAAUUCGAGCAUCGGAAAACAACCAUAUGAUGCUAUGUAAUGAGCCAACUGCCCAACAAACUCACCUCUCUUUCCACAAUGAGCAUUGCACGGAUCACCUAGCUUGAAUUUAGUAAUGUUGUUCCCUCUCUUUUAUUUCCCUUUUGCUGUUCUCAUUGAUGUUAAAACCGCCGCCCAAUUUACUCUGCCCAUCUGUCAACACCAACAUAUAUUCAAUUAUACAUUCAUGUCACAAGCUCCCCGGGAAGUACACAAGAGUACUUUCUCGGCUUUUCAAUUGGAAACACUUUAGGAGUAGGUUCGGCUCUUUGCCCGUGUGGAAGGUAAGAGAGAGCAAGAAACCUAUUUUCUUUCUUUCUCCAAACCUAUGUGUGUUGUAUUCUGUCAUAUUUUCUUUCUUUCUCGACAUAUUUGAUAUUGUUAAAAAAUUAUAAAUAUUGCAACGCGAUAAAAUUAUCAAACGUUACAUCUUAAUUAAAUCGGCAAGACUUUUGCUUAAUCGGUAUUGUGGAUAGUAGUCCAAGUAGUAGUCGGAGGCACAAUUAGCGAUCAUUCGGAUAGUUUUCGUGAUCUCUAUAGAGUUAAUUUACAAAGCAAAUCCAUUGCCCAUAUUGAAGAUGUGUGAGCUAUAUAGAUGGUAGGUAUGAGCUUAGUUGUAAUUUAGGAGGAGCCCUCUCAUUAGUAUGUCAGUUUUAUGGUCUAUUAAUAAAUUUUUUUCCCCACGAGAUUAUAUAUUUCAAAUCAGUUACAUUUAUAAUCAAAUAAUCUUUUAUCUUAUGA